UUCAAUUGGUAGACAGCAUGAGUGUUUAUUUCAAAUUUUCUGUGAAAAUCCAUAUUAUAAUUGUAAGUUUUAUAAAAAGUACAUUUUUUGCUAAUAGUUUGGUUUAGGUAUAAAAAGAGAAAGAUACCUUAAAUUAAAUGGGUAAAAAUGGGGGGGGGUGCGGGGUUAUAAACCAAAUUAUUACCCUCUUUUCUAUUAUAAAAAUUAUUUUUUAUCAGAUGGUUAUGAUGAUUUUAAUGCUGAUGAUUUUCCUUGUACUUUUAGUGCUGAUGAUUUUACUUUUAAUUCUGAUGAUUUUCCUUGUACUUUUAAUUCUAACGAUUUUACUUAUACGUACGAUUAUACUUAUGAUUGAUUACGAUUACAAUAACUUAUGAGUAGAGACCGUACUGGGAGAGUUUAGCAACAUUUAGGUGCUUAACCACUUCUUUUUUCUCCUUAUUUUCGGUUAACCCCAUACUAAGCAUUCUAAGUGAUAGCUGGAUCAUCUUUAAAAUAUCUCAAAGCAUAUCGAGCUGAGUACCCCAGAUUUUUGUUCCAAAUCUAGCUGCGGUCCGGUCUCUAAUUAUGAGUUAUUUUACUGUGGAGAUUAUGUUUUUCUGAAGAUUGUGACUUGGAUGAAUAUUGAACGUUAAAUCUUAUUAUUAAUUUAUUCUUAUGAUUUUUUAUUUUUUUCUAAAAGAUAUAAAACUGAUAAAUCCAUUGCAGUCUUUAUUUUCUUUAAGCUAUUUUGAGUAAAUUUCUCGCCUGUCGGGAUUAUUUUUCAUCUUAGGGUAUAUUUUCAUUCUUUCCUUUUUUCAGUCAAUUAUGCUUCACUUAAAUAAUUUUUAUGCUCAUGCCCUCUCUUUAUCUUCUAUUCGCUUUUCAUCACAUUCAACGGCCAAAAGAUUAUUAAAAAACUACAAAUUUCCAGAAAUAUUGCCCAAAGACUGUGAAGAACAAUAUAUUAGAGGAUGGGGCCCAGGCGGUUCCUGUGUCAAUUCUUCUAGUAAUGCUGUUUUGUUAAAACAUAAACCGACUGGUUGCUUUGUUAAGGUACACCAAUCUAGAAUAUUGAGAGAAAAUAUUAAAAUUGCUUAUGAACGCUUAAAGAUGGAAGUAGACAAACACUUGAAUGGAGAUAAUAGUUAUUCUGUUCAAUUUGACCGUAUAAUAUCUCAACUUGAAGAAAAAACGAAAAAGUCAAGUCAACGCAAACGGCAGACAAUGGCCGAGCUUAAAGCUGAAGGGGAAAUGAUACGUGAAAUUAACCGAGAAAAGGAGAAUAAGGGGGAAGAGGAGAGGUAAAAAAUAAAAUUAUAAACCCAAAAUAUUUAUUACAAAUUUAAUGCCAAUUUUAUGAAAAAUUUAUUAAAUAGUCCAUUUAAUUAUCAUGUGAAUUACCCCAAAAAUUUUCAUCCCAUAGUUUCAUUUUUUUCUUUUUUACUUCAUUCUUUUGUCAUCUUAAACUUCCCCAUAUUCAUCCAUCUUAUUCCGGUGGCCCAACUGGAUAACGAUUACGUCUUGGUGUCAAAGUUGUUGUUAUAUUGACUGGCUUUUUUGUAGUGGGUAGAUCUUCUGGUCCAGAUGGGUAUGGGUUUCGUGGAGGUUUGGUUGAUGGAGCUGCUGGGGGUUGGGGAUAUCCAGGCUGCGGAGUAGAUGCUGGUGCUUGGGGAUAUCCAGGUUGUUUUGGAGUAGGUUCUGGUCCAGAUGGGUAAGGGUUUCGUGGAGGUUUGGUUGAUGCAGCUGCUGGUGGUUGAGGAUAUCCAGGCUGUGGAGUAGAAGAUGCUGGUGCUUGGGGAUAUCCAGGUUGUUUUGGAGUAGAUGCUGGUGCUUGGGGAUAUCCAGGUUGUUU